AUGGGAAACAAAAACAAUGUGACAGAAUUUAUUUUUCUGGGUCUUACAAAGAACCCGGAGCUGCGGAAAAUAUUCUCUGUGGUGUUUCUCGUCAUGUACGUGUUCACGGUGUUGGGAAACGUACUCAUUAUGGUAACCAUGAUUACGACGCAGAGUUUGAGAGCUCCUAUGUAUUUUUUUCUCACUUUCUUGUCCUUUUUGGAUGUCACCUUCUCUUCCGUCAUCACCCCCAAGAUGAUCAUCGACUCCUUUUCCGAGCACGCCACCAUCUCCCUUGAAGGCUGCAUGACCCAGAUCUUUGCAGAACAUUUCUUUGGUGGCGUGUCCAUCAUUCUUCUCAUCGUAAUGGCCUAUGAUCGCUAUGUGGCCAUUUUCAAGCCCCUCCACUACCUGACCAUCAUGAGUCCACGUGUGUGUUGCCUUCUGGCCGGAGUGGCCUGGGUGGGAGGAUUUUGUCAUGCAACGAUACAGCUCCUCUUCAUGUACCAAAUACCUUUUUGUGGACCCAAUAUCAUUGAUCACUUUAAAUGUGAUUUGUUUCAGUUGAUAAUACUGGCAUGUAUAGACACUCGGACCCUGGGCCUCUUGGUCAUCCUCAACAGCGGAGUAAUGUGUGUUACCAUCUUCCUCUUUCUCAUUAUCUCCUAUAUGGCCAUUCUCUGCUCUCUGAAGUCUUGCAGCUCAGAAGGACGAAGGAAAGCCUUCUCCACCUGUGGUUCCCAUCUCACUGUGGUGGUAUUAUUCUUUGUGCCAUGCAUUUUCUUGUACAUAAGGCCCGUGGCCACUUAUCCCAUAGAUAAGGCAAUGGCUGUGUCGGAUUCCAUCAUCACACCCAUGUUAAAUCCUUUGAUCUACACUCUGAGGAAUUCAGAAGUUAAAAAUGCCAUGAAGAAACUUUGGAUGAAACGAGAGACUUUAGUUGACAAGUAA